AAAACCCACACAAGACUUCACACUGGUGAGAGGCCAUAUGCUUGUAUCACCUGUGGGAAAACAUUCAUUUCCAAAUCAGAUUUGGAACGUCAUGUAAGAACACACACAGGCGAGAAGCCGUAUUCAUGUGGCACUUGUGGGAGAGAAUUCCGUCUGAACUCAACAUUGAAAACUCAUAUAAGAGUUCACACCGGUGAGAAGCCGUAUUCCUGUAGUACUUGUGGAAAACAGUUUACUGAGAAAUCAUCAUUGAGAACACAUAUAAGAAUUCACACAGGUGAGAAGCCACGUUGUUGUAGUAUCUGUGGAAGAAGAUUUUCUGACAUCUCGGGAGUGAUAAAACACAUGAGAUUUCACACAGGCGAGAAACCGUAUCCUUGUAGCACAUGUGGGAAAAGAUUCAGUCAGAAAUCGGAUAUGGCCCGUCAUGUACGAAUUCACACAGGUGACAAACCGCAUGGUUGCAACAUUUGUGGGAAAAUAUUCAUUCAGAGGACCAGCUUAAAGAAGCACAUGAGAAUUCACACACGUUAAACAUUCAGACUUUAAAAAUGUGGGACAACUGUGUGUGAGCUCACACUGAGCAGAAAUUAAUCGCUGCAAUGCUUGAAUGAAAAGAUGAUCCAUUUUAAAGUCAGUAUUUUCUGUGCAGAAUAGUGAAGAACUCUCACCAUUGUUUAUUAGGCCUUUUUCCCCUCAUCCCUAUAAUUGUAUCAGGCAAACUCUGGUCUUACAUUUCAUGAAGGUUAACAUGCUGCAUGCCCGUGGCCUGUUGGUUCAUUGUUUAGUUAUUUUAUUUAUUAUGUGUUCUUAAAGUAUUAUUGCAGGGUCUACCUUGCAGUUGUGAUUGUUGUUGUGAUUUCGCGCUCUAUAAAUCAAAAUCGAAUUGAAUUAUGGUUCAA